GUGCACCAAAGCUUAAUGUAAAUAACAAACAUGGAUUUAACAUUUCCUUAUCAGAAAAAAAGAAGUGAAUUCGGAAGACAAUGUGUUUUUUCCGACAAAGGACCUGACCUCAUAGAUAAUUUUCCCGCUAAUCGAAAGCUUCAAAAGGAGUUUAUCUUAAAGGAUCCGGUCUCAAGAGCUCAACAAUGUACUCCGUGUCAGUCAGAACAUUAUCUCAAUACCAUGAGGGCCGAAUUCACCAACAGCAGCCUCAACCAUUUCGAAGGCGGAUGGCCGAAAGACAUCAAUCUCACCGACGAGGAACAGACGAAGAGAUACAGAAGGAAGAUAGAGAAAGACGAACAAUUCUACCACGUCAUGAUGGCGCUUUUCAAAAACAUGGAAAGCUGUAUUUUACAAAACAACGCCGUGAACAUCUACCAACAGUACUUCUCCGACGUGGAAUCGACACCUUUGGUGGAACGAAGCUCUGCAAGAACUGUGAAUGUAUAUCAAGAUCAAAGUACUCCUAAUAGACCCGUGACGCACAUAUCUUGGUCUCCAGAUAACCAAACGAAACUGGCCAUAUCUCACUGUAAUUUAGUAUUUCAAACUGUUGUUGCGAAACAAGCACACGUGUCGUAUAUCUGGGAAGUUGAAAACCCCAACAGGCCUCUUAUUACCUUAAAACCUGAACAAUCGAUAGUAUGUUUGGAAUACAAUCAGAAGGACCCGCACAUUCUGGCUAGCGGACAGGUUAAUGGACAAGUGGCAAUAUGGGAUAUCAGGAAAGGUGCGGAACCAGUUGAAAUGAGUAUUAGAGAAAACAGCUUCGUGGAUCCAGUAUUGAAUGUUCUUUGGAUCAAUUCUAAAACCGGGACGGAGUUUUUCAGUUCGUCCAGUGAUGGUCAAAUAAAAUGGUGGGACACCAGAAAGCUUUCAGAUCCUACAGAAACUCUCAUUCUGGACUACGCCAAAGACGAAGAACAACAGGUAUCGAACGCUCUUGGUGCCUCUAUCUUAGAAUACGAAGGAACCAUCCCCACCCGGUUUAUGGUAGGUACCGAACAAGGCAUGAUAAUAUCAGGUAACAGAAAAGGAAAGACAGCUAUCGAAAAAAUGGCACUGAGAAUCCCAAAUGCACACCUUGGGCCAAUUAUGGCUUUACAGAGAAACCCGGCGUUCCCGAAGAACUUUCUGACUGUAGGGGAUUGGACGGCGAAAAUUUGGUCUGAGGAUUGUAGGGAGAGCUGUAUAAUCUGGACCAGCUUUCACAAAGCGGCUCUAACUGAUGGUGCGUGGAGUCCAACAAGACUGUCAGUAUUCUUCACUACGAGAGCUGAUGGGACGCUGGAUGUUUGGGACAUGUUGCAGCAACAGAAGCAAGCAAGUUUAAGUGUUCGUGUAUGUGAUGAAAGACUCACUUGCUUAAAAGCACACGAUCAAGGACGGCUUAUAGCUCUUGGAAAUCAAAAUGGGACGACGUAUUUAGUGGAAUUAAGUGAAAAUCUCGCAUUGUCAGUAAAAAACGAUAAGAUGUUGUUGACAUCGAUGUUGGAUAGGGAAGCUCGCAGAGAAAAGAUCCUGGAAGCGCGCAACAGAGAACUGCGGUUAAAACAAAGACAGAAGCAACCUGGUCCGAAAGACGCUGUGGAUGACGAUGAAGACGAUGAUGGAAAGGUGGGAGUUGAAAGAUUUGAUAACUUCGUGAAGAACUCAGAGGGUGAAUUUUAUACUACGAUAGAGAAGGAAAUGGCCAAAAUGAAAGGUAUUGAGGAACCUGAAGACACUCUAGGAGAAGAAGAUCAGAUUACGGGUGAUAUCGAAGAUAAUGGAGGUAACGAAACAACGACCAAUGAAGAAGCUACUAAUACUCAUUAAUGAAUGAUAGUUUUAUUCAGUAGAGUCGGUAAUUGGUACUGUAAAACUGUGCUGAAUAAUAUAAAGUAUAAAAAUGGAAUCAGUCCACAUGAUUGCAUUUUCUUUUAUUGUCUUAUCGUAUUUUUUAAUCGCUAAUGAUAAGUAGGAAUUUUAACUUAUAGACCUGGAUCCCGCGUAUCAAAAAAAGUUGAUUAAUAGCAAGCUGAAAAUUUGUUAAUAGCUUAAUGGUGUCUACUGAGACAAACUUUGAUGUAUGGAAACACUGGAACAGGGGAAGUUUUAAUUGUGGAACAGGUUAAAAAUUUGUAACGUCAGACUACGAAAACGUUCCAUGUAUUUUGUCGGACAGAACUUCCAAUUGAUUUGUUACCUUUCAUUAAACUCUCAAGCAAAAAUCAGACUGCUAUUACUAACCAACAUGAUUCCUGUCUGUCCUGUCAUUUGACAUGUUGACAGUCUGAUUUUUGCAUGAGAGUUUAAUGAAAUGGUAGCAUAUCAAUUGGAAGUUCUGUCCGACAAAAUACAUGGAACGUUUUCGUAGUCUGACGUUCCAAAUUUUUAACCUGUUCCACAACUAAAACUUCCCCUAUUCCAGUGUUCCCAUACAUCAAAGGUUGCCCGGCUAAACACCGUUAAGCUAUUAACAAAUUUUCAGCUUGCUAUUAAUCAACUUUUUUUGGUACGCAAUACGAUAGAUAUUGUAGUGUUCGAAAAUACGAAAAUGUAAAAGAUGUUUAAUUAAAAAAAAAUGAACGAAAGUUAAAUACCCAAUAUAAAUUUACAAUUUAUUAUACAUAUUAUACGUUUUUAUUAAAAUUAAUAAAUUGUGCGUGUAAAGUU